AUGGCUUCCAGUGUCGUCCUCCUCGGCCCACCGGAGGCGAAACGGAAAUCUCGCAGCGCCGCCGCGGUCAGCUCUGGCCACGGAGACCACCCCAAUCCCCACCGCGUGGCCGGAAAGAGAUCGACGGUCACCAAACCAGAGCUGGCAUGGACGGAAAACGGCUCCCGCACUUUCAAGGCCACCGGAAACCCUUGCCUGGACUUCUUCUUCCACGUGGUGCCGUCGACGCCGGACGAGUCGGUGGUGAAACGGGCGAGAAAGGCGUGGAAGUACGACCCCUCAACGACCCUGAAGCUGAUCUGCAACCUGAGGGGAGUCAGGGGAACCGGAAAAUGCAACAAGGAGAAGUUCUACGCCGCUGCGCUCUGGCUCCACGAGAAACACCCGAUCACUCUGGCUCGCAACGUGAGGACGAUCGCCGAGUUUGGCUAUUUCAAAGACCUGCUCGAGAUUCUGUACCGGCUGAUGAAAGGCGGCGAUGUGAGGGACGUAGCGAGGAGCGAAUGGCAGGGGAGGAAGAAACAGAGGACUCUGGCGACGAGGCAGGGGAGGAAGAAACAGAGGACGACUAUGAGGACGAGGAAGAAACGGAGGACUGGCGGAGUGGUGGUGGUCGAUAAGAACCGGCGACCGGUUCCCAGAAGUGUGAGAAUCAAGCGGAAUCAAGCCAAGGUGAAGGCGGAGAAGGCGGAAGCGAGUGCCCAAAGGAAAGAGAAGAAGAUCUCCGAGGCGAGGGAGGCGUCCUUCCGCUACAACUCCGAUUCCAAUUUCCGGCUCCUCCACGAUUCAGUCGCGCAGAUGUUCGCCUACUGUCUGAAGGAAGACAUGGAGAAUUUGAGCAGUCGCCAAUUGCGCAAGAUCAGCCUGGCUGCCAAAUGGUGCCCGUCGCUCGAUUCUUCGUACGACAGGGCGACUCUGAUCUGCGAGAGCAUCGCCAAGAGAUUCUUCCCUAGAGAAUCACAUUCUGAAUAUCAAGGAGUGGAGGACGCGCACUAUGCUUAUCGAGUGAGGGAUCGGUUGAGGAAGGAAGUUCUUGUCCCUCUCCGGCGAGCGAUCAAGCUCCCGGAGGUGUACAUGAGCGCCAGGCAAUGGCAGCAGCUGCCGUACGACAGAGUCCCUUCGGUGGCGAUGAAGAACUACAAACUCCAUUUCACGAGGCACGAUGGGAAGCGAUUCGGCAAGUACUUGGAGGAUGCAAAACAGGGGAAGGGGAAAUUGGCAGCAGGGGCGCUACUUCCCCACGAGAUCAUCGCUUCGCUGAAGCAUGGCGACGGAGGUAAAGUGGCAGAGCUCCAAUGGUCAAAAAUGGGGGAGGAUAUGGCGAAGAUUGGGAAAUUAAAGAACUGCAUUGCCGUGUGCGAUGUGUCGGGGAGCAUGUCAGGGGAGCCAAUGGAAGUGUGUGUGGCUCUGGGGUUGUUGAUUUCCGAGCUGAGCGAGGAUCCGUGGAAGGGGAAGGUGAUCACGUUCGACUCGAAUCCACAGCUGAAUGUGAUUGAGGGGGAGAGCCUGUUGGAGAAGACGGACUUCAUAAGGAUGAUGAAUUGGGGAGGGAGCACGGAUUUCCAGAAGGUGUUUGAUAGAAUCUUGGCGACGGCGGUGAGGAAUGGAGCGAGCGAGGAGCAAAUGGUGAACAAGGUGUUUGUUUUCAGCGACAUGGAGUUAAACCAGGCAUCUAGCCAUGACGAAGGAUGGGAGACGGAUUACGAGGCGAUACAGAGGAAGUUCAGGGCGAAGGGGUUCUCGAGGGUGCCGGAGAUAGUGUUCUGGAACCUCAGGGAUUCGGAGGCGACGCCGGUGCAGGCGAAGCAGAGUGGGGUGGCGCUGGUGAGUGGCUACUCCAAGAACUUGGUGAAGCUGUUCAUGGAGGAAGGUGAGAUUGGCGAUCCUGUUUCCAUCAUGCUCAAAGCCAUCAGUGGGGAGUUAUAUCAGAGAUUGGUGGUCUGUGAUUAG